GCGGGAAUAUUUGAACUGGUGCAGGUUGUUGGGAAUGGGACAUAUGGACAAGUCUAUAAGGGUCGCCAUGUUAAGACUGGACAGCUAGCAGCAAUCAAAGUGAUGAAUGUUACUGAGAAUGAAGAGGAGGAAAUCAAGCUGGAGAUAAAUAUGCUAAAAAAGUACUCCCAUCACCGGAACAUUGCUACGUAUUAUGGUGCAUUUGUAAAGAAAAGUCCUGCAGGCCAAGAUGAUCAGCUCUGGCUGGUGAUGGAGUACUGUGGCGCGGGCUCUGUCACCGACCUGGUGAAGAAGACAAAAGGGAACUGUUUCAAGGAAGACUGGAUUGCCUACAUCUGCAGAGAGGUUCUCAGGGGCUUGGCACAUCUUCAUGCUCACCAUGUCAUCCAUCGAGAUAUUAAAGGUCAGAAUGUUCUUCUCACAGAAAAUGCAGAAGUAAAACUGGUGGAUUUUGGUGUAAGUGCCCAGCUGGAUAGGACUAUUGGGAGAAGAAACACAUUUAUUGGCACACCAUAUUGGAUGGCACCCGAAGUCAUUGCGUGUGAGGAGAACCCAGACUCCACAUAUGAUUACAGAAGUGACCUAUGGUCUCUGGGGAUCACUGCUAUUGAAAUGGCUGAAGGAGCUCCUCCCCUGUGUGACAUGCACCCCAUGAGAGCACUCUUCCUCAUCCCACGGAACCCGCCCCCAAAGCUGAAAUCCAGAAAAUGGUCAAAGAAAUUCCUAAACUUUGUUGAAAGCUGCCUUGUAAAAAACUAUGUGCACCGUCCCUCCACGGAAACCUUGCUUAAGCAUUCCUUCAUCCGUGACAUGCAGAACGAGCGGCAGGUGCGCAUCAUGCUCAAAGACCACCUGGACAGGACCAGGAAGAAAAAAGGAGAAAAGGAAGAAACGGACUAUGAUUACAGUGGAAGUGAGGAGGAAGAUGAUGAGCUGAAUGAAGAUGAAGGAGAACCAAGCUCCAUAGUUAAUCUCCCGGGGGAGUCAACUCUCCGCCGUGAGUUUCUGAGGCUGCAGCAGGAGAACAAAAACCGAUCCGACCCUCAUCGCCAGCAGCAGCAGCUGAAGGACCAGGAGAAGUACAAGAAGCAGCUGCUGACAGAGCGACAGAAACGGAUCGAGCAGCAGAAAGAGCAGAGGAGGAGGCUGGAGGAUCAUCAGAGGCGAGAGCAGGAGCUACAAAGGCAGCAGGAGUGUGAGCAGAGGUGGCCAGAGGCUAAGGCUGCUCAGAGGAGAGAGGAGAGGUGUAAAGAUGACAAAAGGGCUGUGGAAGAUGAACAGUUUGUAGCAGAUGGACAGAGGAAAUCAGAAAAGAAGCAGAAGAUGGAAGAUGUGCAGCACAGGAAGAUGCAUCGAACUCUUCCCAAAGAUCAGACACAGCUACUGUCUCUCCAGCAUGACCACAAGCAGAAGAAGAGUUCAGAUUCAGCUGUGCAUCCUCCAUCAAGCAGCACAAGCAAAGAGGCCGAGGACCCAAAAAAGAAAGGCGACAGCAUCCAGCCUUCCCUCCAGUGGCCAGCAGUGCUGGGGCACGAAGCCACGCCACACGCCAGGGUGGGAUCUGGGAGCAGUUCCAGCCCGUGCACCCCUGCUCCACAGAGAGCCGUGCUGGUACAGUGUGAAAAUUUCCGGGCUAGUAAGGAUGUGUACCACAGCAGUUCUCUGUCAGAUAUGCUGACAACACCACUCAGCCCUGUGCAGGAUGACGUAUUCUGGAACGUGAGUCAAAACGAAGAACAACCCCCAAAGGUUCCAGAAAGGACAACGUCUAAAUUUUACAGCAGAGAUCAGCCUGGCCAUCAGAGAUGCCUUUCAAGUAACACUAAUCAGUCAUCCCCGGGGGGACAUGCUCUGAAGUUAAGCAGCAGCAGCAGCUCUCCUGGCAACAAGCAGUGGGAGAUGGGAUCUCAUCAGAGCAGCCGGUCAACCUCAGGGAAUCCAGGACCGGCCAGGGCAGAGAACCCUUUGUCCCAGAACCACUUGCAGCUGCAUAAGAAAUCGGAGAAAGUUUCUCAUCCAGGCCAGAUUGCAAGUCCAGGCUCCUUUGCCAAGGGGAAGGAUGGUGGCAAUGCUCUCCUAAAAGCAGCAGACUAUUCCUCAUCAAGUGAUGAAGUCAGCAGCAGUGAUGAAGAUGACAUGAACCACACAAGGCAACUGCUAAGCAGCAGAGUGGCAGAUUUCUCAAGGACGAGAGUACCAGAUGGGAUUGAACUGAAACCCCAAAGCAGUGUUGCAGAACAGAAGGAUCAGAUUUUAGGGAAACAGAUUUCUAGCACGCAAGAAGGCCUCUGGAGCAUAAACAACCAGAACUAUCUUCUGCCAGAUCUCCUGCAACAAAGCCAAAUUUCAGACUCUGUGAACCCACCAAAAGUGCCACUGACUAGCCAGGAACCUCAGAACAAGCCUCUGAAUAAGACCCCGUGCACUGAAAGCACACCCUCAAAGAGCAGCACAUCAUCUACAACAUCCUUUACUGCAUUCAUAGAUCCUAGACUUCUACCAAUCACUCCUCCCACCAGUCCAGUAGGACCUUCCUGUAGCUCUCCAUCUAGUGCAAAACCCGAGCCUGUCAGGAGAGAAAAUGCAAGGAAGGGCUCUGUUGUCAAUGUCAACCCAACCAACAUCCGCCCACAGAGCGACAGCCCAGAAAUUCGGAAAUACAAGAAGAAAUUCAACUCAGAGGUCCUCUGUGCUGCUUUGUGGGGAGUAAAUUUACUGGUGGGAACAGAGAAUGGAUUGUGGCUGCUGGACAGAAGUGGGCAAGGAAGAGUUUAUUCACUGAUUACAAGGAGACGGUUCCAGCAAAUGGAUGUUUUGGAAGGACUCAAUGUGCUAAUUACUAUAUCAGGGAAGAAGAAUAAGUUGAGGGUGUAUUACUUAUCGUGGCUGAGAAAUAAGAUUUUGCGCAAUGACCCGGAGGUGGAGAAGCGUCAGGGCUGGGUGUCUGUGGGUGACCUGGAAGGCUGCGUACACUACAAAGUUGUAAAAUAUGAGAGAAUCAAAUUCCUUGUAAUUGCUUUGAAAAACUCAGUGGAGGUUUAUGCUUGGGCUCCAAAGCCUUAUCACAAAUUCAUGGCUUUUAAGUCCUUUACCUCACUUCAUCACAAACCACUGUCAGUAGACCUGACCGUUGAAAAUGGACAAAGAUUAAAAGUCAUCUAUGGCUCACUAGUAGGCUUUCAUGCUAUUGAUGUGGACUCUGGAUCUGUGUAUGACCUCUACCUUCCAACACACAUCCAGGGGACUAUUCGCCCACAUGCCAUCAUCAUCCUCCCCAACACCAGCGGGAUGGAGCUUUUGCUCACCUAUGAAGAUGAAGGCAUCUACAUUGAUAUAUAUGGGCAUUUCACAAAGGAGACUGUUUUGCAGUGGGGAGAAAUGCCAGCAUCUGUAGCUUACCUUCAAUCUAAUCAGGUCAUGGGCUGGGGAGAGAAGGCGAUUGAACUACGCUCUGUGGAAACAGGAAAUUUGGAAGGCGUGUUUAUGCACAAGAAAGCACAGAAGCUAAAAUUCCUGUGUGAAAGAAACGACAAGGUCUUCUUUGCAUCUGUACAAUCAGGAGGCAGCAGUCAAAUAUACUUUAUGACUCUUGGUCAAAAUGUACUGUUCAACUGGUAAAUCACAUCAAAAUGAAGGAUGCUUUGAAAUUCCCUGUAGGUAACAGUGUAAAAUGCUUGGAGGUAAUUUAUACCAAUUUGCACUUUUUUACCUACAAAAAUGUCAUCUUUAUUAACUUAUCAAAAUUCAUAUUCUUUCAGGUUGGAAAGAAUUCCAUUUUCCUGUCAAAGUAUUGCAAACAUGUUUACUUUGUCUUCUAAAAUAUGUUGCAAACCAAGACUGUAUUCACAGUGUUAGGAGAGAACAACUUUAAUGAAGAAUGUAGCCAAUAUAAGAAGCUCUUGUACUCUCAAAAGCAUACAGUUUCAUUUUCACAGAUGAUGUAAAGUUGUUAUCUUGAAC